CAAAACAUAUAUAUCCUAAGGAACCAGACACACGCUAAACACAGGCUUUAACAAGCCUCGUGUAAAGUGUGUCUGGGUCCAAAAUAUUUAUUUGUUCAAAGUUUUUCACCAAUUAUACAUUUGAAAUCCAUAAACAAUGACACAUUUACACAAGGUUGUUUUCAUUCUUGCUAUCUUGUUCCUUGUCGUGGAUGCCAGACAUACAAAUAGACAUUUGAAAGGUCACAGAAUUCGCAGGCAUCCCCUUUUCCCAAACUUGCAUCAUCCAUUUGAUCCACCCUCAGAUGACAAUAACGAUGUUGUACCAUCAGAGGAUGAUAAUGAUGUUACACCUUCAAAUGAUGAUAAUAAUAAUGAUGCUCCCAUUUAUAAUAAAAAUCUUAGAGAUGUGAUGGACAAAAAGGAUGAUUUCGAAAUAGAUUCUAUUGGGUCUUGGGAGAUAAUUUCAGAGAAUGCAGGUGUAUCAGCAAUGCAUGUGAAUUUGUUACCAACAAAUAAGAUCAUGAUCUAUGAUGCCAAGGUUUAUCGUGGAUCCAGAAUUAAAUUACCAGAUGGUGUACCAUGUGUUCCAUACAAAGAUUUUCAAACUCAAGAAGACAAACUUGAUUGUUUUGCUCAUUCAGUUGAAUAUGACCUUGAGACAAAUCAAGUUAGACCACUUAAGAUUAAUGGUGGAGAUCCUUGGUGUUCCUCCGGAGGACUUGCACCUGAUGGUACCCUUGUGAGUUCUGGUGGUUUUGCCGAUGGUGGUAAAACCGUUAGACACUUUGGUGGUGGUUGCGAAGAGUGUGAAUGGAGGGAAUAUGACAAUACAUUGGUUGAUGAUAGAUGGUAUGCAACUCAACAACUCCUUCCAAAUGGAGAAUUCAUAUUGGUAGGAGGACGUAGAGCAUUUAGCUAUGAAUUCAUCCCACAACAGGAAGGACAGAGAAAUGAAAAAUCAUACUUUUUUCCAUUUCUAUAUGAGACAGCUGACUUGGAUGAGAACAACCUAUACCCUUUUGUCCAUCUCUCCAUUGAUGGAAACCUUUUUAUCUUUUCAAACAACCGUUCCCUUCUUUUGAACCCUACCACACACAAAGUAGUUCGUACAUUUCCCGUUUUACCUGGAGGAUCUCGUAACUAUCCUGCCUCUGGUAUGUCGGCUCUGCUCCCAAUAGACCUUAAUGCUGAAAAUGCCAAGGCAGAGGUUCUUGUUUGUGGUGGCAAUCUCCCUGAUGCUUUUUUGAUUGCUGAAACAAAGAAAACAUUUCUUCCAGCUCUUCAAGAUUGUAAUAGGUUAAUGAUAUCUGAACCUUUUCCUCAGUGGGAUAAUGAAAUAAUGCCAUCUAGGAGAACUAUGGGAGAUGCUCUUAUCCUCCCCAAUGGACAACUCUUAUUUAUCAAUGGGGCACAAUUAGGCACAGCUGCAUGGUGGGACGCAGAGGCACCAAACUACACACCUGUAUUGUAUAAUCCAGACAAACCAAAAGGUUUGAGGUUCAAGGUCAUGAAGCCUACCCAAAUUGCAAGAAUGUACCACUCAACUUCACUAGUGCUUCCUAAUGGUAAGAUUUGGGUUGGUGGCAGUAACACACACAAUGCAUAUAGAGAUGUAGAUAGGUAUCCAACUGAGACUAGAGUUGAGGCGUUCUCUCCUCCUUAUUUGGAUGAGGCUUUUAACAGGUAUAGGCCACAAAUCAGUGAAGAUGCAUCUGACAAAGAGUUAACAUAUGGAAACUUAUUUGAAACUCAAUUUUCGGUGGAAGAAGGUGAUAGGUUGACAACAAAUGACAUAAAGGUAACAAUGUAUUCACCACCUUUCACCACUCACGGCUUCUCCAUGGGUCAGAGGCUUAUCAUUCUCAAGAAUGAUGAGCUCAUUGAACAGGCACAAGGAGUUUACAGGGUUAGGUUGGUGGCGCCGCCAUCUGGGAUCAUUGCUCCUCCUGGCUAUUACUUGCUCUCUGUCGUCCAUCGUGGCAUACCUAGUACAGGAACAUGGGUGCAUAUCCAACAGAACUAGAACACCUUUAUUUUUCUAACAUGCAUCAGGACGCAAGAAAUUUAUAAUACACCCCAUAUCAAAUCAUUGUAAGACCUUAAAUGUAUUAUUGGUUAACAGUAUCACAUCAUGAUUAUAAAAUACAAUAACCCUUCAAUAUAGAAAAAUAAUGGUGGUGUUAAAUGUUAA